GAAGGCCUUCAGUCCAGGCAGGCCCAGUAAAUAGAGUGAAGUGAGGUAGGUGUCAAACAGGGGAUGGCAGGGGGGAGGCAGCUCGAGCCGAAUUGAGCCUCUGCACCUGAUGCACCUGCGCUGCAGGCGAAUCUGCCAUCUGUCGUCGGCCCUGCCCAGGUUGCCAGGUGCUCAGGGGUCCACCCACCGCUGGGGCUCCAUGGACCCUUGGAGAGGAGACCCUUGUGGGCAGCCCAGGCUCAGGGGAACGGGAGUAGUACAAGGCGAGUCUAGACUGUCAGGACUGUCUGGAUUACAGCACAGCACUCACCACCUAGGUAUAUGCACUUCUCUACGACCCGUCUCUCCGACCCGUCUCUCCAUCACAGCCCACCUCGUCUCUGGAUCUUGGCACACCAGACUUACUCAUCUGGUGCUGUUAGCCUGCUGAGGCUCAGUCAGUAUGGCACUUAUCAGCCAUCUUGACUAUGCUGUCUUCUCACUGUUCCUCAUCCCGCUGGUCGUCUUCAUCCACCUGUGGGUAGCUCCUUAUACCAAGGUGGAGGAGUCUUUCAACAUCCAGGCGGCCCACGAUGUCCUUGUCUAUGGCACCCCCCUCUCCAGCAUCUACCAGAAGCUGUCCUCUAGUUACGACCACUUCGCCUUUCCCGGAGCUGUGCCCAGGACCUUCAUCGGCCCCGUGCUGCUCGCCGGCGUCGCCAGGCCAUUGACAACACUGUUCGGCCAUGAGCACGGCCAAUUCAUCGUUCGUGCCCUUCUUGGGUGGUUCAAUGCAUACUCGCUCUUGUGGUUCAGGAGACAGCUUCAAAAUGCCUGUGGUCCUGCUGUGGCCAGAUGGUACGUUGUGCUGCAGGUCAGCCAGUUCCAUGUCAUGUUCUAUGCCUCCAGGACCUUGCCAAACAUGUUUGCCUUCGGACUGACCACUUUUGCCUUUGGCCUCCUGCUCCCCCACAAGCAACCCGCCAAGGCCAAUCCCAGGAUCCGCAUGGCGUUGGCUCUGUUCGUCUUCGCCGCCGUUGUCUUCCGCUCAGAGAUUGCACUUCUCCUUGCAACAAAUUCUCUAUGGUUGCUCAUCAUCCCCAUGAUCUCUCUCCAGAGACUGAUUCCCCCAUUUCUCGUGUCCUUUGUUGCCGCCUUGGCCAUCUCUAUUCCCAUCGACUCCUACUUCUGGCAGAAGCCAAUCUGGCCGGAAUUAUGGGGCUUCUACUACAAUGUCGUGCAAGGCUCCUCCUCUAACUGGGGUACCUCUCCGUGGCAUUGGUAUUUCACUUCGGCUUUGCCCAAACUGAUAUCCCCUCCUCUGGGGCUUUUCUUCGUCUGGUGCUCCCUCAACUCUCAGGCCUACGGUCGCAUAGCCCAACGCCUGGUCAUCCCGAACUUGCUGUUUGUGGCCAUCUACUCCCUUCAGCCGCACAAGGAGGCCCGCUUCAUCUUCUACAUCGUCCCGCCAUUGACCGCCGCCGCCGCCCUCGGAGCCUCCACCCUGGUGAACCAGAUUCCCGCUAGGAUGGCUGCUGACGAAAGUGGCCGGCGCGCAAUCAGAAACAUCAUUCUUCUCAUCAUCUCAGGCUCCAUCCUUGCCACCUUCCUCAGCAGCGCUGUCAUGCUUGUUGCCUCCAGCUUGAACUAUCCUGGCGGUGACGCCCUCGCUGCUCUGCACGGCAUGAUCGAGCACGACCAAAGUGCAGUGUCUUCCUCUGUGGUGACGGUCCAUGCAGACGUGUUGAGCUGCAUGACAGGGGUGACUCUAUUCGGAGUCGCUCAGGGCAAUGGACUCCCUCAACAUCACCGGCUGACCACGGACCCGGACGUCGUGGUCAGCGGCCACGACAGCAAGCCGUCAGUGUCACUCGUGCUUGACAAGACAGAAGACGAAGCUACUCUGUCGGACCCCAGCUUCUGGGCCAAGUUUGAUUACCUCCUGAUGGAGGACGACCAGGCCGUCAAGGGCGGCAACUGGGACAUAGUGGCUGUCGUCGAGGGGUUCUCUGGGCCCGAGAUUUUACGACCCGGCGCUCCGCACAUAGAGGAGGAACCUAGGGGUAUUCAAAGAGUGGGCAUGGCGGCUCAUGUUGAUUCCCUACGGCGCAGGAUUACAGAAAUGACGGGCGGCUGGUGGAUAGGGCCGAAGACAGUGCCAAAGAUACGGAUCAUGAAGCGUGUUAAGGACACGUCCGAAAAAGUCAACAAAGAGGCUAUUUCGUAGGCUACGAGCGCUCCCCAUGGAUGGGAGUUUAUUCACAUAGCAGACGCGUCGUCACCUGCCACCGAAACGCCAUGGGCCUGGAUGGGGAACUUGCACUCAGAUCAGGCAUGUUAGAACCCUGACUCAGAUCCUGAGAGACGUCAAGGCAAAGAGAAGACCAAUUCCAAUCUAUGGGGAGAUGGAUAAGUAAACACGGAGAAAAAGAAGGAAAGGGGCUUCUGACAAGGCCAAACCAGCGAUGAGUCGCCCACCUUUCGAGUGCACUUCACCAGAGCUGCCGGUUUCAAGGCAUCUUCUCAGAUUUGCACCCAUGGAGUAUACGAUUCUGCCAUCCAUCCAUGCUGAGGUCGCUGUAUUCGAUUGAAUUUAGCAGUCUAGAUAGCUGAGUCGAGUUGGGCGUGGCAUAGGUCCCUCCCCUUUCCCCUGCCUCCAGUGGAUACCACGCAAACGUCGACUUGCGCUGAUUCCCUACACUGAGAUACAACAGAGAUGAGUGGCUAGUAGUGAUAGUAUCCCUAGUAUUAUCGUGCGAUCGCCUGCGUGUGGGACCAUUGGCACAGGGAAACAAGAUUCCCCUGCCCUUAGCUAACGUCUACAAGACGAUUUCAGACCGCUCCCGUUCCGACAUAUCGACCGCUCGACAACCUCAUUUGGGACUAUGGUGUGACAUUAUGGGAUAAAUUCCUAUCGGACUACAGGAUAAACUGCUAUGGACCUAUAGGAUAACUUUUGAAAACAGACUGUCGAAGGAUUUCCUUCGGUGGGAUGCCCUCUUGUGGCCGAUCCCCAUACAAAAACCAACCACCGGUAGGCUGUCGUUGACAACCAGAAUCAAGUAUGUCGGAUUGAGACAUUGUCGAAUAGUGCGCGAUCAGUCCCCACCAACAAUCCGUUCUGGCCUGAGGUAUCUUUAUCGUCCCUGGCAGAUAUGAUCGGCGCCUUCAUAUCAUCCACAAACACCGAGACCUGCUGGCCCUUGAACUCAACCCGAACGUGAUACUUGAUUCCAUUCUUGACGUGCCGUUCUGAACUCUUCCCGAGAUCCGUGGUAAUCAUCUUACGCUUCCCCUUCUGGUGGAUGAGCACGACCUCUCCGGUCUUCGCCUUAAGCCAGACGGCAUACCCAUUGAACCGAGCAGGCUUGCCCUUCCUCCUCGACGGCGCGGUGCGGAACGUGAGCCCGGCCUCGGCACCCUCUUCCUCGAGCGUGAUGUCGACGUCGUAGACCAGGUCCGCAAAGUGCGAGUCCAUCAGUAUGAGCCCUGGUUGGUCCCGGUCCGCCGAGCCGCGGAGCGACUUGCCUCCCUCAUUGUGCUUCUCGUCGGCGAGGAACUGCCAGUCGCCGCUCUUGCGCUGCCACAGGUGUUCGGAGAGGUCCCCAUCGUCAAAGUUGUCCUUUGCGAGUAGCUCUAUCGGCUUGAUGCUGCCGUCCUCGUUGAAGUACAUGCGGUCGAGCGCGACGACGCGGCUGUCUGCGUUGCUCUCGUGCAGCGGGCGCCGAUGGUAGACUAUGUACCAGAUGUCCGUUUUGGGGAUGUUGAGAACGCUGUUAUGGCCCGUAGCCACCCCUAUGGUCGGGUCCUGCGUGAGAACCAAGCCCCGCGGCUUGAAGGGCCCCAGGGGCGAGGCGGACGUCGCGUAGGCCACCUGGUACGUGGGCUCGCCGUACCCGUUCUCCGACCACAUCAAGUAGUACGUGCCGUUGCGCUUGAAGACCUUGGUGCCCUCCACGUAGUUGCUGGGCCUGGGUGUUACUUUCUUGAAAGUGUCGGCGUCUGACUUGGGGGACUCCUCUCCGUGGAGCCCCACGAAGCUGGUCAUGCUGUCCGAGAGUAUGCCGACGCAGCUCUCGCCUCCGCCAAAGUACAGGUAUUUCUUUCCGUCGUCAUCAGUGAAAGCAUCCGAGUCCAUCGGAUUCCUGUACGCAUUGUCAGCAGAAGCUUCUGAGCAACGUAUUGUAGACACGUGUCGUGUUCAUGUAAUUU